GAAAAUAACAGUAACGAUUGGUGUCGUAUUGAAGGAUGUCCCUGCGUAUGAUAACUCGUAGCAAACACGUACCUACCGGAUACAUGCCUUGGCAACUGUCUUCUGCUGUCACAGUGUCACUCAGCAUUCAGCACAACUAGUACACCAGUCCAGUUCAGUCACCAGUGUGAGUGCAACUCGCUCCGUCUGAAGUGUAGCAUGAUUUGACUAUGGUUGACAGAAUCGAUAAAUUAACAGCCAAUCCUUGUGAAAAUUCCUCAGUAAAUAGCUAUCCAAUGGACGACUUACUCUUCGAGAAGAAAGGUCCAAACCCGAAGGUGCUUUGGAGACCACACCAUGGAAGACCAGUUGCUCCCAGUGCUUCUUCUUAUCGGCCGUUCCAGCAGAUAGUGAGAACUAUUCACGUCCAGGACGCGCUUCAUGCUUGUUUGGAUCAAAUACUACAGCCUAAGCCCAUCUACUCGAAGAGCACUCUCAACAGGUCCUUUCUGGAAAAAUCAAAAUCAAACCAUCCUUGUAAAAACCUGAUGGUUUUGUGGUUUGGCACGGAGCCUCCACGCAAUCAAGGCAAUGAGGAAAUGCAUGACUGGUAUGGAAAUGUUCAGUUUGGUGUUUCAACAGAUUUUCUUAUGCACCGCUGGAAGAACUUCUACCUUGUCGAAAUGGAAACAACUCCCAAGCACACUGUCAGCCGUAUACUGAUAACAAAUAGAGACUACUCGAAGGUCUUGCCGCUCUAUGACCCGUGGCAAGAAGGAGGCCCUUGGUACAUUACCUCAAAAGGCCAUUUUGUUCUCACAGACUGCUCCCGUUACAAUGGUGAGGGCAUGAACAAGAACGGUCAUACACUUGAACUCAUGAUUGAAGGAAAAGUACUGGACCAGAUGGCCAUCUUAAAUGAAUGCAUCAUAACAUUUCGAAAUCACUCCAAAACAGUAAGAGACGGAGAACAUGCAUUGGCAUUGUGUCAUCGUAGUAGAUUUUCCAAAGAAAAUUGCCCUUCGCCGUUGACGAGCGUACAGGCCUCUAUAAGGUUCUUUGAUCAACAUAGACGCAUGGCAAUGAUCUCUCCUGUUGCAACGCCUCGACUGUCCGAGAGUGCAGAGAAGUACAGGAGAUUAUUUUAUACGACUUUCACAGUGCCUGUACCUUAUGGGACUUUUCUAUCCUUGCCUAGGAAACCUCCGGUUCCUUGGGAGAGGCGGAAGGAUAACAGGGUAUGGGACGUUGCAGAAGAGGGUGGUUGGUGGACUCAUGGAAAGCCACAGAAAACUGGAUUCUUCAAGAAAAAUGUCGACAAAUUGCCAUGCGAAAAGCACUAACUUGUCUAGAUCUGAAUUCGUGGGGCUCCCACUCUCACUUAAGUACAAUCAUCCAAAUGCUUGUUUAUCAUACAAAUGAUUUCAAAAUUUGUUUUUAAUUCAUCUGAGUAGCAGUUUCUGGUGUUCUUGUACAGACAACUGGUCUAUCGAAUAAGACAGCAACACCAACGUACUUAAUCAGUUACCUAAGGAAGAAGCAUGAUUUACCAUCACCUUGAAAAUGCCAAGCGAUUACCCAGAAGGUUCAUUUACUUUAUCUGGAACAGAUAGAUGAUAAAUGCGAACCUGGGUGGAAAACUGAAUCCGAAAUUAAAUCAACACAAAGGAUCUAUAAUUAGCCAGAGCUUUAUGGUCAUAUACCACCUAAGUUUUAGUAUGCCUAGCUUAUAGAUUGUAGCCUCAUCGGCUUUGAAGGGUACCUUGUGGAAAAGUGGCCGAUUUCUCAGGCGUGACGUUUGAAACUGUAAACAUCUUUUUGAAAGGAAUAAUAACGAUGGGGUAUUAGCCCUCAAAGAAGACGUAGAAAACGGGAAACUAUUCUUCUCGUGUGACUAAAUGAGCGCCUUGCAGGAAGCCAAAGGAAAUCGGCUUAUGAGAUCGUGAAGUGAAGUUAUCGUAUCCCAGUUAUCUUCGAAUAUAACUGUUGAAUACGUUAAUUGAUAUGACGUUUCCUAAGGCCAUUUUUAUGCUGAUUACUUCUAAAUUUGAUAUUAUAACGAGUACACCAGUAACUGAUAUAUCGCGAGACAAGAGAUGAUAGAGUCAUAAUAUGUAAACAUAUAGUAGAAUGAGUGCACUGACAUCAUAAGGUAAUUUCGGCGUGUCAUGAUAUUCAUGUCAAGAACAGCGCAUGACUUGUGCAGCUUACUGAAUGUAAUGAUGCCCCGAGAGAAGAAAUUUCAUUCAAAAUUGAUAUGAACGAGUUACUAUUUUGGAUUUAUGGACUUGUAUAAACAAACUCGAACUGAAAAUAGGAGAUAACUUUGGUUUCUGAGUUACAGUUUUCAGUAGAAAUAGAAAAAUAAAAUUUUUAUGGCCAUGUUCUUACAAUUCAAAUUCAAAGAUAAUUCAUGGCAUUUUAUUUAAUAAUUGAAGGUAUUGUAAGUAAUUAGUCAUUGCUAAACAAAGCAAGCUUGCUUACGUGGAAGUGGGAGAUGCUACCGACAUUGUCAAAGAAAAAUCACUAUUGACGCAGAAACCCUGAGUUAGUUAGUCUUAUUAUUUUACUAUCUUUGCAGAAAACUGUACUGUGUUCUGUUAAGUAAUAGGUACAUAAAUAACACCUCACACGAUUGUACGAAGUGAGAACGGGAACCAUAAAUUUAUGCGGGAAACAUAUGUUAGCCCAUACAUUGAUAUUGCUAUGAAAUACAGAAGAGACCAGAAAACAUUCGUGUAAUUAACGUACAUGUCAAUGAUGAUCGUGAUCGUAAAAUGUAAUAUGUUACAAAGUUACAUGUCACUGUUACAGAGGGAAGUAUGUAUAAGCGUUUUCUAAAUAACACUGUAUAUAUCUUAAGUGCUGCUGAUUUUAAGAUCUGAUAGUGAUUCCGGCUGAUAUGGUAUAAUUCUGGUCCAGAAAAAACGUUGUUGCUUCCCAGUGGGACAUUAAUGUAUAUGUUAACGCUAAUUCUUUUCUGGAUGCCACAAUUUCAACCUGUAGCUAUACUUGGUCCGUCAUGUUACCUUCUAGUUUUAGCCCGUUGGAAAUCGAGUUACUGGGUGUUCAUUAUCUACUACAUCCGAUCUUCCGAACUUUGAUUUUUUUUUUCCCUUUUGCUCCUGACUCUUAUUAUAUACCCUUGCUCCCACAAAGGUUAAUUCCAGCUUAUCCUUUCCCUCUCUGUUAUCUUCUUGUUUUUAAGUGUGUAGCAACCUGCUCAUCGCUAAUUAGAUUUGGAACGUAUGAAUUUCAUACCCCUGGGAUGUCAUCAGGGUCAGGAUAUUCCCGUUUAAACUGCUACUUUUAUUCACUGCCUCUGCAUUUUACACUAGAUUCUUGAGAGUUCGCUUCUCUCUUCUCUUGUUCUUUCUUCAAUUCUUGCCACUAGUCCCGUGCUGUCUCCUCAUCCACAUGCUGAUUUUCUCUCUAAAUGGGGGAUCCCUGAAGAGGGGUAGAACCUUUGGUGUACCGCAUGACGUAUUUACCUAGGUUCUUCGCGGCGUCCCUUAGGCCACUAGCUGCAACCUCUCUCAUUCUCUUUAAUGCACCUCCAUUCAUAUCCCAGACUUGUAUCGAGGGCGGUUGGUCGGCCCAAAAUUUCUGGCAAUCCAUAUUUUUUGUGACUAUCCUUUUCAUUGAACUGUACUUACAAAAUAAUAUAACAAUCUCUUGUUUUUU